AUUAUUAUUAUUAUUAUUAUUAUUAUUAUUAUUAUUAUUCUCUCUUUGUGAACGCACUGCUGAGUGAUGUUCAUGUGAGUGUUCAUUUUGUUCCCCAUCAGUAAAAUUAAAAGCUGUACAGCAGUUGUUCUCUUACUCGGUCGCGUGCGCUAAAGAACAGAAGAUAGAGGGAGAAUGGAGAGAGGAAGCGCGCGCGCGCACUCACCCACACACAUACACACACACACACACACACACAUACACAUACGUACAAAACCGCAGCUGCAGCAUCAGCACCAGGAAAGACGAAUAGAGCAAUGCACGCGCACUCCUUUCCUUUCUCCCGGACAAUAAGCCGUGAUGUGAUGUGAUGUGAUGUGUACGGGAGGCUCGUGAGCGGUCAUGCAGAACAGCACGGCGGUUCGGUGCGACACCGGAGCCGCGGAGCGCAUCUCCAUCGCCGCUCUGUUCUCCUUCAUGUGCGCUCUCGGCACCGUCCUCAACCUGUUGGUCAUCGGUCUGGUGUUGAGCUUCAAGAAGCUGCGCACAGCGAGCAACGCCUUCAUCGUGAACGGCUGCGCGGCCGACUUGCUCGUGUGCGCCUUCUGGAUGCCACACGAGGCGGCCGUGGCGGCGUCAGUUCCAUCCCCGCUCUACGGCGCCGCCCCCCGGGACGCGCUGCUUUUCCUCGGCGCCACCGUGUCGCUCCUGUCGCACUCGCUCAUCGCCGUGAACCGCUACGUGCUGAUCACGAAGCCGCCCGCCGCCUACCACGCGCUCUACCAACGGAGGCGCGCGCAGGCCAUGAUCGCCGCGUCGUGGCUCGUCGCGCUCGCGUGCCUGUUGCCGCCGUGGCUCGCGGUGGCUCGUCGACCAGCGUUCGCGUGCGGACUGAUGCUGCUGAUGCUGCUCUCCGAGCCCUGGGCUGCUGCCACGCUCGCGCUCACCAUUCUCGGCCAGACCGCGAUUGUGACGUACUGCUACUUCAAGAUCUUCCGGCGCGUGCAGAUCAGCGCUAAGCGCGUGAGUGUGCUGCACUUCCAACUCGUCAACAACCUGCCGUACUCGUUCCCGAGAAAGGACAAACGGCUCGGCGUGCACGUGCUGGCCGUGUGCCUGGUGUUCGUGUUGACCACAGAGCCCGUCCUGUGGACUCUGACCGCGGGCCUGUUCGCUCCUGUACCGGCAGCGUUCCGCACGUGCGCCUGGCUCCUCUUCUGCUCAGUCUUCGUGUCCGACCCGUUCCUGUACACGUGGAAGAACGAGGAGUUCAGAAAAGCGUUCAGGUCCGUCCUAAGAGGGGACUUCUGGCGAGGCUCCACCGUGGCCGCUGAGCCCGUUACCGUCAGCACCGUUUCUCACGUUUUCCCCCGACAGAACAGCCGCAGGGCGUUUUUAGCCGAGAUGAGCUAAGAGCAGUUUUACCCCAUGCAGUUUUUAACGCGCCCUCGCUGACUGUCUCCUACAGUGUACCCCUGCUCCAAAUAUGAUCCUUUUAUAGCCUACUGAUGCACUCGCAAAAAAUCGCGUACCUUUCCAUGUCACUGUGGUGGAACCACGAAGUGUACAACUUUUCUAAUGUAGCACACGUUUACAAAAUGAUAAAUGGGUCGCAAGUAGCUUUUAAAACUCCAGUGCAAACACCGUUCCGUGCAAUAGAUUUCACACUACAAAAGGUGUAGCUUGGCGGUACCCCCUCAGUGACAAGGAAAGGUACACGUUACACUCGAAGAGUGCAGUUUAAAUAAAUGAAGCUUAUUCACAUUCACUACAUUCCCAUUGCAAAUCUUUGCUCCAUUCCGAUUUGCUGUUCACAUCCACAUUUUAGUUUUCGUUUUAACGAAUGGAGGAAAUGAAUCACCUACAUAUUGUUUAGAAAGUUAAUGUGCGUUGGAAACUACGAAUUUAAAAGACUGACAGAUCUGUAUCAGAUUUAAUGCCACAUAUAGGCUACACUGUCAUGCGUCAUAUAUACACUACCUUUCCUUGCCACUGGGGUGGUACCUUCAUUUUCUGUAGCUGAAACAGACAUAGUGUACCUUUUAAAAAUGAUUUCAGGUGCAUAAAUAGACUGUGAUUAGUUUUUAGAGUAAAGCUAAAAGUUCAAAGGUAACAGAUACAUGCGAAAGGUACAAAAGAUGUAAGCCUGAGGGUACCACCCCAGCAACAAAUAAAAGUACAGGUUAGAACCUUUUUUUGACAUUUCGAAAUGAAUAUGUCAGAUUCAGUUUAUUGUUGCAGUUCACACUGAUAACAAAAGUAGGCUCAGAAGAACAUCAUUAAAGUCAACUGUGGACCUCAAGAGUUACCAAAGUUCCCCAGGUAGACAAACUUGCUGAUACGACCUUAACUAGUUUCCUUUGAAGGUCACCUAGGUUUGCAGUGUGGUGGAAAUUUUGACAAACACCAAUAGACUCGUCCUCUCAGAUGAAGAAGAGAGUGCUCUGCGUGUUUUGUCUCUCACACACUAUAUAUACAGAAGGUGUUGGUGUAUGUCUGCACAUCUGCUACUUUCAAUAGGUAAGUGAAAACCGUUAGAGAAAUGGUCCUAACGUCCUUUCUGUUCAAAAGGUCGUAGCAGAUGUGCAGACAUCUCUAAAGAUAAUAUGUUUGUGUCAGCACAAGUUCAACAUGAGUUCAAACGGAGUUCAGAACAUUCUGUACUUCUCUAGGCUAGAUAACAUGGUCUGAUAGACAAGGACAGAAACAGAGAUGAGUCUUUUAAGAAAUAAAAAUACAAGGACUUAACAAAUUUCUCUCACAGCAGACAGCAUUCAACUGAGCAAGAAAACACACUACACACUGAUGCGCGCUCUUAUCCGCGUGCUGCAAGUGGCCGUUUGUGUGCUACACAUCAGCUGCACUAUUUCUCAUUUUUCCUAUUCUCACAAACCUGGGUCAUUACGAAGCCCUCAGGAGUGGAGCUGAAACUCACUGAUGGGGGUUGUACACACUCCUGAGCUGUGAGCGAAAGGUGAGACAAGGACGUGUUAAUAACAGUACUGAAACACCAUGGAGGGACGGUCUGCACAGUUUAUACUUCUACCUCAAUACUCAGAAAUAGUUUUUUUUUUUUCUUCAUUUUGGACAUUUUACAGAUUAAAAUGAUUUGGCUAUUUGUUUGUUUUUAGGUAAAAUGGGACACUUCUGAUGUACACAAAAAACAGACAUGAAACAAGACAGCAGCAUUGAUUUUUAAGAAAUGUUUGAAUAUCUUGCUGAUGCUGAUCUUUAAAUACCGAGGUAUGUUUAAGUCUGAUCUUCAUGAAACGACGAAUCAAAUCAAAUCAGCGUGCUUGGAACGAAGCUAAUAGCAAAAUACGAAUUUUAUGCUAGCAAUGUGAAUUCUGUGAAUUGCUAAUCUUUUUCAUCAUUUGCACAAUAGUCAGAGGACCAAGAAUGUAAUGAAUUAUAUUUUGAACCUGAAACUUCACUUUUCACAGUUCCUCAGGGGUUCUUUGGAUGAUUAAGGGUUCAAAACCUUCUAAAAGUGUUCAUGGGUUUGUAAAUGUAACUUUUUUUUAACAGUGUGUGGGUGGUUUUCAAUAAGAAAAACAUCCGCAUGAAUAUUUUAAGCCAGUGUGAAAUCAUGACGGUAAUUUAAGAAAAUCCCUGGAGUUAUUCUUUAAACACCCGAUUUGGUGCGUAAUUAAAUUCCAGGGUUGCGUUUGGUGUGUUAUAUGAUGUUAAAUCUUUCAUUUCUUGCAGGAAUACACAGUGUUCAUGCCAAAUGCAUGCCUUUUGUUGACAUAUCGAGAAUGAGCCAGUGUUUUUCAUAUCGUUUUGUAAUCGCAGUGUUCACUUGUGAGGAUUUUUUGCUAAAUGGUUUACACACAGUUACUGCUUUUUUUCUUCUUCAGUACAACUGCAUUUGUAUUACGACGUUGAAAUAAACUGUGAUAAACUGUUCAGUGCUUCUUUUGGCUGUGUAUAUUUAUCACUUCGCCAUUCGUAUCAUGAGGAGUUGUCAUGGAAACCUCUGGUAUGUAAUAUUAUAAUCUACAGUUACAACCACAACAGAAGCUUUUGAGC